GUCGGGCUUCGUUUACUCUAGUCGCCUACCAGCAGAAAUCCUUCUCUGCCUCUCCUCCCACAUCCAUCUCGUCCCAACAGCACCCAAAUCCUCUAAUCUGCCCAAACCCAAAUCAAUCAUGGAGAUAGCCGGCAUAAAAGCUCUGUGUGACGCCGUGUCCGCCAAGUCUGAAACUAGGAAACAAAUUACGGAAGAGUCGAAAGGCUGGGCCAGUCAACGACAACGUGUUGGAAUACCAUUUCCAGAUCGUUUUGCGGGGGAUGCCCGUCGAGUCGUAGAAGAAGGACCGCUUCUCCCGGCGACGAGGAAGGAGCCGUUGGCACGGGACAGCCGUUCCGAAGGCGAAUGCGGGGCGAUUCAUUGUCAAGACAAACACAGCUAUUCCUCUACUUCUGGCAACGAUCCUCUGGUGGAAGAAAUAGAUCGACUGCUCAUUGAUGAGACGUCCACGACCCGCCCAGAGACUCAAACUUACGCGGAAAGAGUAUGUUCGAAAAUGGAAGAAACAGACAUGGCACCGACGAAAUCGAUCGCCACCAGAAAGUUGUCCGAUUUUCAACAAUGACAACUCGUGAACCCAGCCAAGAGUUGUUGUCUUGAGUGGACGAAGGCACGGGACUAGACGCCUCGUUAAGCCGGCCGGGAGAUAUAUAUGGGCCUCCUCCUCCUCGUUAAGAGAGAAUACAUCCAGACUUUGGCUAACCAAUUCAAAAUCUCCCCUCAAACGAAUUAAACGAUGAACAAUGGCAGGGGCUGCAGAAUUAGCCCUGGAUCGAACGCUACUCCGCGCACGCCAGGUCUUUCUGCUGGCAUAUCGCCACCCUUUAGCUUCCGAAGCUUUGCAAAAACUAUCACUCCGACAUCAUGUACCUAGACGGCUUCGCCGGCAUAACCAAAAAGCGUUCCUGGAGAUCUUGCGGCACCCAAUCACAGAGCACUUGGGGGGAAUGGAAUUAAUUGCCCAAUAUCUACUCGUCUUGCGACGUGCUGACCGAGCUCGACGCCGGAUUCCCAGAACUGAGAAGCGUUCAAAUCCCUGGCAGCUCCAGAUCGGCCCACUCCGAGGUAUUACGGC